UGAAUAAAAAUUUAAAGAAAGAAAAAAAAAAGGCUCUCUCCACUUAUUAACCUCCUCUCUUUUUCCUCCACCUUAAUUUGAUUCCUCCAAUGGUCUUCUUCUUCCAUUGGAUUGAACAUAUUCCCAUCUGAAAGGAAAAAAAAAAAAACUAAAUCUGUAAAUUUUCUCCAUUUCUUCUUCUUCUGCUGCUUUAUUGACCCUCUAGCUUGUCUCUCCUUCUUAUCUUUCUUCUUCUUCUUCUCCCCUUCUUUGCUCUCUGUUCUGGGGAUAGAGGGAGAGAGGGAGAGAGAGCAGGAGCUUAUGCUUGGCUUUUGGGUUCUGCUUACAGGAAAAUCUAAUUUUCUGGUUCGGAAGAGAGGAGCACUUCAGCCCUAUUGAUUUUUUUUCCUUUUUUUUUUAUUUUUAUUUUUUUGGUCAAGAAGAGCUAUGAGAAUAUUUUUCUAAAAAUAUAGAGCGAAACUGGUUUGAAUAUUUUUUUAUAUAUAUAUUUAGAAGAAACAGACUGGUUUUUAAUUUGCUUCGUUGUAAAUUUCUCCCGGAAUUGAUAGGAGGGGGAAGAGAACAAGUUGUUCGGAUGGGAAAACAUGGACCUUGCCGCCAUUGUGGAGUUACAAGCACUCCUCUUUGGCGAAAUGGACCCCCAGACAAGCCAGUUUUAUGUAACGCAUGUGGCUCGAGAUGGAGAACAAAGGGUUCUUUGGCAAAUUAUACCCCUUUGCAUGCCCGCGAAAAAAAUGAAUGGGAAGAGCCUAAGUUUGCAAAAAUGAAAAGUAUUUCCCUUAAGAAUAAAGAAACUAAAUUGCUGAAAAGAAAAAAGAUGUGUGGUAUAGUAGAAACCGAAUAUGAAAUGAGAUUUUCUGAAUUAGACGAAAACUAUGCUAGAACAUUCGAUGGGAAUGCUAGCAAUCGAUCGAGCUCUGGAUCAGCAAUCUCAUAUUCCGAAAGCUGUGCACAUUUUGGUGUUGCUGAUGGAAGUGAUUGGACAGCCUCAGCACAGUCGAACGUCUGGGAUUCUUCAAUAGUUCCAGUACCAUCAAAGAAGAGAAGUGUUAUACACCCGAAACCUUCUCCUGUUGAGAAGCUUACUAAAGAUCUAUACUCCAUCUGGCACGAACAACAGUCAUCGAACCUGUCUGGUUCCUCAGAAGAGGAUUUACUUGUCGAAGGUGAUAUACCUAUGGGUUCUGUUGAGAUAGGGCAUGGAGGUGUUCUUCUUCGAUAUCCAAGUUGUAAAGUUAUAGAUGAAGAAUCAGAAGCAAGCUCUCUUCCAGUUGACAAUAAGGAAGGUGUUUCUCCACAAAACUUCAGCAUGGUAGAGGAUAGAGAUUCACCUCUGAGGUUUGUUGAUCUUAAAGAUGUUGUUAGUCUGGAGGUUUUCAUGGAACAUUUGACAAAUGAUGAACAGCAGCGACUAAUGAAAUAUCUUCCUUCUAUUGAUACCGCUAAAUCUUGGGAAAGCCUUAGAAACUUGUUUACAAGUUCAUUGUUCAUGGAGAGCUUAUCCUACUUCCAGCAACUUCUCCAAGAUGGAGUUUUUGAUCUCUCCUUUGGUCAAAUGAGUGUUGAAGAAUGCAGGAAUUUGAAGUUUGUGCUACUUAAUUCCUUGAAAUCUAGAUGGGUGGAUCACCAUGGAACACUGAAGGAUAUAAAGCACAAAGAGCCUGGAGCAGAUGGAGGAGAAAAAAGCGCAAAUUUUCUUUUGCAUUACGACUUAGUCACCACCAAGAGGACUCGUCAUAUACAAAAAGGUCAAAUUCAAGAUUCGAAGCGAAUCAUGAGGAGCCCAAAAAUGGCAUACAGAUCCAGCAACACCAAACCUCCCCUGGCGAAAUCAUCAGUUCAAAAUCCCAGGGAAAUCCAAUCAAAGGAAUUACUCGCCACCGCGGACCUUAGGGGCAACGAAGGGGCUUGCUUCAGUCCAACAAGCCUCUUCACAUGGCCUCCAGAUCCAAGCUCAGAUCUGCUAUUCACUGAUGACAGCUCUGAGCAAGACUUGCUGCUCGACGUGCGUUGCAGUUCUUCGUUCCCGGAAGCAGAGCUCCUCCACCAUCAUCCCCGCAACGAAAAAACAUCGUCGAACAGCUCUCAGGCAGAGAGCUUUGCUGCUGCCGAGGAAGAGAGCCUCUGCAAUUUCCCAUCUUCCACUCUCAGGGCUUAAUCUUGUCUUUAUAUAUAAGCCCAUUUUCUUAUUUCUCUUGUGAUGCUUUCAGACAAGGGAGAUGGGUGCUACAAUUCCAUGCUCUGAUUUGGUGUAAAGGUACCUUGUAGUCUGCUCUGUUUCUGCUGUUUGGUUAAUAUGAUAUAGCUAACAGUUUCCAUGUAAUUGGUGGAGCUUCUUCAUUUUAUUGUUCA